GUAUCUAAAUUAUUUAAGUAAGGAAGAAGGUUGUGAUGGUUUCAUAGCUUCUGAAUUGGCUUUAUUUAUCUGUCCUGCUAAAAGCUUGAAAGUAUGGGAAAAAGUACGGAUUGCACAAAAAAUUAAGUAGCAUUCUACAAACAACAUCUUUCAUGGCUUUUAAGGGGUGAUAUUUUUUUUGAGGAGAAAUUUCUUUAAUUUUGAACAAAGUCUUUUACUUGUGCUUCCUUUUUCUCCAGGGAUGCCAACUUUUAAUUUCUUAAGGAAUGAAGAAAUAGUGGUGGCUUAAUUGUUCCCAUAAAACUUUGAAGUUAAAGUUUUGGAAUUAAAGGAUGAUUACUGGAUAUAUAUGUGGGUUUGAGCUUGUGCAGAUCCCAAGAAUUGUUGGUGAGGACGAUGGAGGGAAACUUUUUACUCCUGAAGAAUAUGAAGAAUACAAAAAAAGAGUAUUACCUAUGCGCUUACAGAACAGAUUAUUUGUGAGCUGGCGGUCACCAACUGGAAUGGAUUGUAAGCUUGUGGGUCCAGAGACACUAUGUUUUUGUACACAUAGGUAUAAGCAACAUAAAACUGACUUUGAAACGAUUCCACAGCAACGCCCCAUCAGUCUCCCUUGCCGAGUGAGCGGCUGUGGGUGCAGGGCGUACCUUUACGUCCCUCUGAACGGCGCGCAGCCCAUUCGCUGCAGGUGCAAGCACUUUGCGGAUCAGCACAGUGCUGCACCCGGCUUUCUAUGCAAUGCCUGUUCCAAGUGUUCGGGAUUCCAUAGUUGCUUCACUUGUGCUUGUGGUCAGCCUGCAUAUGCUCAUGACACAGUCGUGGAAACUAAGCAAGAAAGACUGGCUCAGGGAAAGCCAGUGGGGCAGGAUGUCCCUUAUGCAGCAAUGGGAGGCUUAACAGGCUUCAGCUCACUGGCAGAAGGCUACAUGCGAUUAGAUGACAGUGGGAUUGGUGCACCUUCGAUUGAAUUAUUAGAUUCUCCAGCUACAGCCAUGGACCACCCAUUUCUAAAAGCAUUUCAAACAUCAUCUAGUUCUUCUCCACUGACAGAUGUAGGUACAAGUAGUCAAGUUUCUUCCUUAAAGAGACCUGAAGAGGAUGAUAUGGCUUUCUUUGAAAGACGAUACCAAGAAAGGAUAAAAAUGGAAAAGGUUGCUAAGCAGAAAGGAAAAGCACCAUCAAAUACAAAACCUUCAUGAAGACCAUUGGGAAAAUUAAAACCAUCAUCCAAAUAAGUCUUGUUUGUGUUUGUUUAAAUACAUCAAUACAGUUUAUUUUCUCUCAAAUUAUUUCCUUCUUUUACUAUGUAAAUAUGUCAUUUUGGUUGUUUCCUUAAUUUAUUUAAACAAGUGAAAAUUAUAUUACUUUUAUCAAAAUUCAUGAUUUACUAUUUUGUAUAUACUUUUUAUCUCUCCUAACAAAUGAGGUUGUUUUCAUAUUAGUCAAAACCUGAAAAUACAGUAACUGUAUUUAGUCUGUCAUAAUUUAACUUUUUGAGGUUAUUUAAAAAAUUAAGUAGGUUAUUUUGGGUUUUGAAUAAAUGUAUAAGGAACACUAUUUAAAAAUAGUAAGUUAAAAUCCCUAUUUUUUACUUUUCAAACUUUGUAAUCUUG